AUGUUUCUUAGUGAUGCCCUUAUCUCUUGUAAAUGCAAGAAGCAGGACCACGUCUCCAAAUCAUCUACUGAGGCAGAGUACCGACCCAUGUCUGCUGCAUGCUAUGAGAUCAUUUGGAUGCGUGGUCUCCUCACAGAGCUUCGUUUCAGUCCAAUUCAUCCUACUCCACUGCAUGCUGACAACACUAGUGCCAUCCAAAUUGUAGCCAACCCCGUCUAUUACGAACGCACCAAACACAUCGAGGUUGACUGUCACUCAAUUCGAGGAGCCUAUGAUCAUCAGGUUAUCACCCUUCCACAUGUCUCCACUACUCUGCAGAUCGCCGAUAUCUUCACCAACUCCAUGUCGCGUCAGCGCCAUCAUUUCCUCGUUGGCAAAUUAAUGCUUGUCGAUUUACCAACAUCAAUUUGA